AAUAAGCGAAGAUUUGGUUAUAAUCAUCCAGGUCCAGUUAGCUAGCUAUGAUUAGAACCACUGUUCUGCAAGUUAAUUUCAACUGCGUGCUGUGCAAGAAAUUCGUUCUGCAAGCCAUUUCAAGACGUGAAGGUAUUGAUUCUGCGACCAUAAAAACUGACCAGAGGAAAUUAAUAGUGGUUGGUACAGUACGUCCAGAGUUUCUUGUAAAGGAAAUAAGAAAGAUUCCAAAGGAGGUGGAAAUCAUUGAAGUUACAGAACACAGAGAAAAUAGUGAUAGACAGGCAGCAGCAGCAGCUCCGAGUAAUGAUGAAAAUGGCGGAGAACAAGAUAAUGGGAAUAUUAAUAACGUAAGACAGUUGCCAAGAAUGUGCAGAGAGUGUCAGACUCGAGUAGGGGUUGAAAUUGGUUGUAGGUCUUAUAGGUAAUGAUCUACAAGAAAUUGGUUGUACUAUAUAUAGUCAUAAGAAUUGCUAGCUGAACAUGAAUACACAUACAUUAUUUUCACCAUCAAAGAUUGCGAUGGAGUGGUCUGUAUUAAAAAUUAGUGAGGAUCUCAAAACAAGUUAAAAGUGUCCUUAUUUUUAUCCACUUGUUAUUUAAAUUUUUGCCUACAUUUGAAAUAAUCAAUUUAGAUGUUAGCUAGCUAGUACAAACUAGCUAAAGAGCUUUUGUAUGAAACAAUUAAUUUGACUAGAUUAGUUGUUGAACCAUCUGACUAUAAAUCAAGUAUAUUGGUGACCUC